AUGGCGACUCAACCCUCCUUCCCACCGCUCCAAUCCAAAAUUGACAUUAACAAUCCGCAAUAUCGGGCCAAUCGGGAAACAUGGAAGACCGUCCUAGACAGGUUUGAAGAGGCUUUGGAGCAGGUUUCUGCCGAGGGCAACAGUGCCUCUCUAGCAAGACAUCAAAAACGGGACCAGUUACUACUCCUCAAAUCGAAUCGAAUCAUGGAAAUCGCCUUCCAGAAUGAUCUGCCAUUGAUUUCACUGGUACAAUCGGCCGGUGUCUUUCUGCCACAACAAUUCCGAGUCUUCCACAAAGGGGGCCAACUAUUCCGGGAUCUCGCCGUGCGGACCCAAUAUGGCAAGCCCUCCUGCGCCCUCGUCUUUGGCUCCUCGACUGCCGGAGGAGCCUAUCACCCCGCGCUCUCCGAUUACACCGUCUUCGUUGAAAACCAAGGGCAGGCGUUUCUGGCGGGACCGCCACUGGUGAAGAUGGCGACCGGGGAGGUAAUUGGAGCGGAGGAGCUGAGCGGGGCGAGGGUACAUGCCGCGAAGACUGGACUUGCGGAUCAGAUCGCGACAGAUGAGCUCGACGCAAUCCGCAAGGCCCGAGAGUGGGUAGCUACCUUGCACAGCCCAUCACCCACGACACUCGUCGACACCAUCGAGCCCUUACCCCCAAGAAACACCCCCCUGCUCUUCAUCCAUAACGUUACUGGAUUCAUGGUCGGCGCAAAAGCCGAACACGCCGGCAUCAUCCGCGCCGGCGCGCAGCUCGUGGCCGCCGUCUCCACCUCGACCGUCCCGCACAUCUCCGUCAUCUUAGGCGCCUCCUACGGCGCCGGAAACUACGCCAUGUGCGGCCGGGCCUACGGGCCCCGGUUCCUGUUCACCUGGCCCAGCGGCCGGUGCAGCGUGAUGGGCCCCGAGCAGCUGUCCGGCGUGAUGGAGAGCGUGCAGCGGAGCAGCGCAGCAGCCAAGGGGAGGGUGCUGGUGCCGGAGGAGCUUCGGGCGCGGGUGGAGCGGUUUCGGGCGGGUGUGCAAACCGAUGCGGCGUGUUAUGCGACGAGUGCGGGACUGGUGGACGAUGGAAUAAUCGAUCCCCGUGAUACCAGGGAUGUGGUGGGAAUGUGUUUGGAGGUUGUGGACUCUUCAACAGCGGUCUGCAGCAAAAUGACCGUAUCCCAAUCCCCCAUCUCGCAACAUGCCUCCCCCUCACGACCCCCAUUCUACGUGGCUUCACCUCCCCUCGACCCGACCACCGGCCGCCCGAUCAUCCAACGCGUUCUAAUCGCCAAUCGUGGAGAAAUUGCCGUACGCAUCAUCCAAACCUGCCGCAAACUCAACAUCAGCACCGUCGCCGUCUACGUUACAGAGGACUCCUCAUCCCGCCACAUUCGCGAAGCAGACACCGCCAUCUGUCUGGGCUCCCUGAGCCGCACUGCCGAUGAAUCUUCCGAGCAAGAAUCUACCGACACAGGCAACCCCUUCCUCAACAUCCCCCUCCUCAUCCGCACUGCCCUCUCGACCCAGUCUCACGCCAUCCACCCAGGCUACGGCUACCUCAGCGAGAACGCAUCCUUCGCUACUGCUGUGCGCGCCGCCGGUCUGAUCUUUCUCGGGCCAAGCACCACCGCUCUUACCUCGCUUGGCGACAAACGUGCAGCCAAGACCUACCUCCGCACACACGCGCCCGCCGUCCCCUUAAUCCCCGGCUUCGUCGGCACCAGCCAGACCCCGGCUGACCUGAUCACCGCCGCAACGAAGAUCGGCUUCCCGGUAAUCCUGAAAGCCUCCGCCGGCGGCGGAGGAAAGGGAAUGCGUAUUGUCCAUGUACCCUCUCGAUUGGAAGCGGAGCUAGAGAGAGCGCAAUCCGAAGCGGAGCGGGCCUUCGGGGAAAGGGACUGUAUUCUCGAGAAGUAUAUUGCCGCCGCGAAGCAUGUCGAGAUCCAGAUUGUCGGGGACGAGCACGGGACAGUUAUUGCAUUUGGAGAGCGGGAUUGUUCCGUGCAGAGGCGGCAUCAGAAGGUCGUGGAGGAGACACCGUGUGGGUUUCUGACGGAUGACAUGCGGCGAGAGAUGUGUGAAACUGCGGUCAGGAUCGGAGAGUUGAUUAAAUAUGCCGGCGCGGGUACGGUGGAGUUUGUGGUGGAUGUGCAGACGCGCCGGUUUUACUUUCUGGAGGUGAAUGCCAGGUUGCAGGUAGAGCAUCCGAUCACGGAGGAGGGGGGAGACUACAAAGUCCCGGCGCAAGGCCAUGCGGUUGAGUGUCGCCUUUGUGCGGAAGACCCGAAGAAUAAUUUCUUUCCGGAGCAUGGGAGGGUCCAGCUGUGGCGGCCGGCAGACGGGGUUCUGGGACCGGGCCGGGAUGUGCGGUAUGAGACGGCUAUCCAGACUGGGGCCGAGGUGUCGAUUUACUUCGACUCCAUGAUUGCUAAGCUUGUUGUCUGGGCGCCAACACGCGCGCUGGCAAUUGAGAAAAUGAGUGGUGUACUGGCCCAGACAGCUUGUGUUGGGGUCAAGACGAACCAGCUCUUCCUGCAGCGCUGUCUUCUGAGUCCCGAGUUCCGGAAGCCGACGUAUACGACUGCAUUCAUUCCGUCCAAUUUGGAGCAGCUAUUGCAGUUUCCGGAGGUGCCGCUUCAGGAGAGUCUGCCCCUGAUUCCCAGUCUGGUGAUCCGGAGUUUGGCUGAAACAGGAAAUACUCGUGGCCGGCUAUUCCGGCACAUUCGCAGGCAAUUCCGCAACCAGCCCUGCGAUCCAGUCAACAUCCACUGGGACGUUGUCACGACCAUCACCGGUCCGCAGGCUAGGACAUCAGGCAUUUGUGUCUGGGAUUCACCGGCAACAGGACAGUCUCCCAACACGAAACAUGCGCGACUCUUACCUGUUCCAGCCGAGAAGGAACCCGGCUCUGCCGUUGCUCACUACAACACCAUCAGCAACACUCUCCGUGGCGGUUCCAUCAAAGCUGUUACCCCGAGAACCAUGUGUCUUGAUUCCUUACAACCCACAGAGACCUCUUCGGAGCCAUCAAGUCUGCCCAGCACCUUCACCAUCGAAGCAUCCGUUGACGGGCGUAGAAUCAGUGCCCACGUCGCCAUUCCUUCCCCUGGCACAGCGGCAGGAUUGGUCGACCGUUCUCAAAGGAUCUACUGCCACUUCCCAUCUCUUGGGACAUACAUGGAAUUCCAGCGGGACAGUCCGCUCUUGUUCGCGGAGAGUAGAAGGCGGGAUGCAACAGCCGUAGAGGCGGCGAAACGCACGGUCACUGCGCCCAUGCCAUGUAAGAUUUUGUCCAUCGAGACGAAGAAUGGGGAUUCGGUAAAGGCGGGGCAGGUGGUCAUGGUGAUUGAGAGUAUGAAGAUGGAGUUGAGUAUCUCCGUGGCGGUGGAAGGGUCGUUUCAGACAGAGUGGCGGAAGGGAGAUGCGGUGGAGGAGGGAAGGGUACUUUGUUCGGUUGUCUAG